UUGAGCUUCUUCGUCGUCGCGAACGGUAGAUAGAGGGGGAAAGGAAAAGUUAGUCCUUUUGGCUGAUAGUUCGCUCCUCCUUCUGUGCCUUCUCUGCUCCUCGCCUUGCUCCGAGUCGAAAGCCGCCCGAUCGAUCUUCGUCGACGAGGGAUCCGCACUCGGGGAGCUGCUCUGUCGGCGGGCGCGAGGGGCGGGGCGUAGCGUGGCGAGGAUCGGCUUGUCUUAAGUGGGAAGGUGGAACGCGCCAGGGAAUUGGGAGGUUGAUACGGGUUUGGAUCCGGUAGUGGGAGCGGCGUCUGCCGCCGGUGGAAGAGCCGGCGGAUGGCGUUGUUCAGGAGGCUUUUCUACCGGAAGCCGCCGGAUCGGCUGCUGGAGAUCUCGGAAAGAGUCUAUGUGUUUGAUUGCUGCUUCUCGGUUGAAACUCUUGGGGAACAAGAAUACAGUGACUACUUGAAUGGCAUAGUCACCCAACUGAAUGAUUACUUCCCAGAAGCUUCGUUCAUGGUGUUUAAUUUUAGAGAAGGUAAUCAAAGGAGCCACAUCUCGGACAUUUUAUCUGACUAUGGCAUGACAGUCAUGGACUAUCCUGUCCAGUAUGAAGGGUGUCCUCUUCUUCCACUCGUGAUGAUCCACCACUUUUUGAAGUCAAGCGAAAGCUGGCUGUCACUGGAAGGGCAACAUAAUGUGUUACUAAUGCACUGUGAGAGAGGAGGUUGGCCGGUGCUUGCUUUCAUGCUUGCUGGUUUGCUCCUUUACAGAAAGCAGUACACUGGAGAGCAUAAGACUCUUGACAUGGUGUAUAAACAAGCCCCCAAGGAAUUACUCCAUCUUUUGUCCCCAAUAAACCCACAAUCUUCUCACCUGAGAUAUCUUCAGUACAUAGCAAGACGAGGCAAUGCAUCAGAAUGGCCUCCAAAAGACAUGCCUUUAACCUUGGAAUCAUUGAUUCUCAGGGUAAUACCCAAUUGUAACGGGGAAGGAGGUUGCAGACCAAUGGUUCGCAUCUAUGGUCAAGAUCCUUUGGCUCCCAAUAGGAAUCCAAAGAUCCUCUUUGCAACUCCUAAGACCAAGAAGCUCAUUCGAAACCACAAGCAGGGGGAGGAGAUGCCAUUAAGGAUAAAUACCCAUUGUCGCAUUCAAGGAGAUGUAGUUAUGGAGUGCAUUCAUAUGGAUAAAGAUCUAGAACAUGAGAAGAUGAUGUUCAGGGUGAUGUUCAACACAGCUUUUGUCCAAUCUAAUAUUCUGAUGCUCUCGCGCGAGGAAAUUGAUGUCGUGUGGAAUUCUGAGGAACAUUUUCCUAGAGAUUUCAAAGCUGAGGUGAUAUUUUCAGACUUUGAUGCUUAUGAAUCUGAUUCAAGUUCAGAUACAUUGGUUGAAGAUGGUAAUGAAACAGAAGGUACUUUUACUGAAGCUGAGGAGUUCUUUGAGGCAGAGGAAAUUUUUACUAAUGCAGAUUGGCAUAAUGCAAAUCGAGAUUCUGAAGCAGCAAAAGCUGAAAGUGGAACUUCCACAGAUGGUAGGAAUACCACGUCAGAAACAUACAGUUUAACUGGUGGAACAAUAAAUAGGUUUGAACAAAGCAAAGAUAAAGAGGAUUCAAAUACAAGAGGUUCCAAUAAGUUAGCAGGUUUUGUUGUGGAAAUGACAAUGGAGAAAGCUCCUAGUAUGCCAGGUCCAGAUGAGACCCAUUCUGAAUUUGGCAAACCUGAGCAUGAUGAUGAUAUUGUGACAGAGAAAUCAGUUACUUCAGAAUGUAUGGUUCAUAUUGAAGAGAAAGGUGUGAUAGAAAGCAGCACAAGUCAACAGAACUUCAAGGAAGUAGCUUCUCCAUUUUUCGAAGAAAAAAAAAUUAUUAGCACGCUUAAGGUUGAUUCUGAAGAUGUAUCAAAGAAGAGUACCAAUCUUAUCUAUAAGAAUCCAAGUCAAGACACAAUUGGUCAUGAAAGAGAGACCGACUCUAGUAGACUUCAAGAGAAAGUCGAACAUUAUAGUGUAAGUACAUUAAGAACCCCACCAGAGACUGUAACUAAAUUUCCUACUGCCUCUAUCAUUAGUGAUGGUAAAAUUAUCAGUGAAAAUUCCAUAUCUCUGGAUGACACUUUUACUUGUCACGAGAAGAACAUAGUAGAAGUCAGCAAAUUCAAACAUGAGGAGAAGGAAAUUAUUGCAGUUGAUGUUGAAGUGAAGAAUAUAGUUGAAACCUUGAAACCUGCAGAUAACCAUGUUAUUGAAAAGACAAUGACCUCAUGUAAUAUGAUUUCUAGGAAAGAAAUUGCAACUGAUACAGCAGAAGCAUUACCAGAAAAAAUUGACCCAAAAUUUGAUAAUGUUACCGCGAGUAAAACCCUGGUUGACAAUGGUUGCCAUCAAGAGGGACAAAAUAUAUCAAGAGAAGUGAAGUGUAAAUCCAAAAAGGAAACAGAAAACUCUGUUACUCAAAAGAAAGCAGAGACCAAGACCCUUAUUCAGAAGUCAAAAAAUAAUGAACAGAAGCAAACUUCAGAAGUAUAUCAGCAUUCGACAAUGAAGAAACCAUUAACCAGCACAACGCAACCUGAUUCUCCAGUAUGCAAACCAAUUGUCAAGAAACUGGACUCUUCAGUAGGUCCAAAGAAAUCGACAAAGCCCAAAACAAAUGCUAGGUGGAUCUCACCAAAAAAAGACUCUGAUGCUACGUUAGUGUAUAUUCCACCCCACCCUCCAUCAAGAUAUAAUAGUGCACCUCCUGCUCUGGCCAUCUCUGCAGCUCAAGGGCCAAUGUUGUCUUCAAUCGAGGAAGUACUUCAAUCUUCUUCAGGGUCGAGCACUCUACCUACCUCUGGAAAUCCACCUCCCAUGUCACAAGUUCAUGAUAGUUCACCUCCACCGCCACCGCCCUUUUCUUUUGCUACUCCAAAGACAGAAAAUGUUGAUACCAUAUAUGCUACGCCACUAAUUCAUUCAUUGCCUUUGCAACCACUGCCACCACCUACACCACCACCAUUUUCCUCAUUUGGAAUCUCAGAUGAAUCUUUCCAGAUAUCCUCCCAAACCUCACCUUUAGUAACCAAUGUUUCUUAUAUAAAGGUUACACCACCCCCACCUCAUCCUCCUCUUCCAUCCAGUAAAAUUGACUGCUAUGUCACACAGUCAGCACCUCCAUUAGGAGCAUCAAGUGGAGAUCCAUUAAUUCCUUCAUCUUCACCUAUGAUGUCUAAAACAUCCACUAGUUAUUUGCCAUCCCCAUCGAUCAAUCCUCCACCAACACCACCACCACCUCCACCUCCCUCAGCAAUAUCAUGCAAUAGUUCUUUGACUCCCCCUCCCACUCCCAAUCCACCUCCAUCUACAAGAAUUUGUUCUAGUCCUCCUCCACUACCAUCACUUUCAUUGUCGAAUGGUUAUACUAAAGCUCCUUCAAUGGCAUCUCCUCCACCAUCACUGCCUCCUUUGCCUCUCUCAAGUUCUUCAAAGUUUCCUAGUGGUUCCACUCUUAUACCACCUUCUUCUCUAGUACGUGGGGUUCUUUCACCACCCCCUCCACCCCCACAACCACCAUUAGCACAUGAUAAUAUUCCUUGCCCACCUCUGCCUCCGCCUCCUCCUAAAUCACACGGUGCUUCUCUUCCUCCACCACCUCCUCCUCCUCCUCCAAACUCACAUGCUCCUCCUCCUCCACCACCACCUCUUUCUAACUCACAUGGUGCCCCUCCACCAUCAUCACCUCCUUCAAACUCACGUGGUGCUCCUCCUCCUCCACCGCCACCACCUCCCAAUCCACACAGUAUUCCUCCUCCUCAUCCUCCUCCACCACCACCACCACUACUUCCUAACUCACGUGGUGCUCCUACUCCUCCUGCACCACCACCACCACCACCACCACCUCCUACCACUAAUUUGCGUGGUGCUCCUCCUCCACCUCCUCCACCUCCUAGACCACGAAGUAAUGCCCCUCCAUCGACGCCACCUCCACCUUCUCCUCUAGGCCCACGAGUUAGUGCUCCUCCUCCACCACCUCCGAGUUCAUGUGCGCCACCUCCACCCCCUCUAGGACCACGUGGUGGUCCUUCUCCUCCUCCCAGUCCACGUGGAAGUGCACCUCCUCCACCUACACCACCUCGGGCACCAGGCGCACCACCACUUCCACCAACCAAUGGCCAAGUUGAUUCAAGAGGGGUAUUUCCCAAUGGAGGAAGAGGUCGGGGGCUCACACGUUCUACAGCCUUAAAUGGAUCAAGUUUGGUGCCCCGUAGGUCAUCGUUAAAACCAUUACACUGGGUGAAAGUAACAAGAGCUGUUCAAGGAAGUUUAUGGGCUGAGCUACAAAGAUCUGGCGAUGCUUCAAGUGCUUCAGAAUUUGAUGUUUCAGAACUUGAAAGCCUCUUUUCAACUGUGGUUUCAAAAACAGAUGAUAGCUCAACAUCUGAUGGACGCCGUAAAUCUGUUGGAUCAAAAUCAGAUAAAGUCCACCUAAUUGAAUUGAGGCGUGCAAAUAACACUGAAAUCAUGCUGACAAAGGUCAAGAUGCCACUUCCUGAUUUGAUGAGUGCUGCCCUGGCAUUGGACGAUUCAAUUUUAGAUGUUGAUCAAGUGGAGAAUCUCAUCAAAUUUUGUCCAACUAAAGAGGAAAUGGAACUCCUAAAGGGUUAUACUGGUGACAAAGAAAGACUUGGCAAGUGUGAGCAGUUUUUCUUGGAGUUGAUGAAAGUUCCAAGGGUGGAAUCCAAAUUAAGAGUUUUCUCUUUCAAGAUUCAGUUUGGUUCUCAGGUUUCUGAACUUAGACAAAGUCUGAACACUAUAGAUUCUACUUGUGCGGAGAUUCGCAAUUCUGAUAAACUGAAGGAGAUCAUGAAGAAAAUUCUUUUCCUUGGUAAUACCUUAAAUCAAGGAACUACAAGAGGCUCAGCUAUUGGCUUUCGCUUGGACAGCCUUCUUAAACUUACUGACACUCGAGCUACUAACAAUAAGAUGACACUUAUGCACUAUUUGUGCAAGGUAAUUGCUUCAAGAUCUCCAUCUCUUUUGGAUUUUCAUGAGCAUCUUAGUAGCUUGGAAGCGGCAUCAAAGAUUCAAUUGAAAUCUUUGGCUGAAGAAAUGCAGGCUAUUGUCAAGGGUUUAGAAAAGGUUGAGUUGGAACUGAAUGCAUCUGAAAAUGAUGGCCCUGUGUCAGAAAUCUUCCGAAAAACCUUGAAGGAAUUUAUUGUUGUUGCUGGAGCUGAGGUACAAUCAUUAACAACACUCUAUACAGCAGCGGGUAGAAAUGCUGAUGCCCUUGCCCUAUAUUUUGGUGAAGAUCCUGCACGCUGUCCCUUUGAACAAGUUAUAGCUACACUUUCAAAUUUUGUAUUGUUGUUCCGUAAAGCACAUCAGGAGAACUGCAAGCAAGCUGAACUUGACAGAAAGAAGGCUGAAAAAGAGAGAGAGAUGGAAAAGUCUAAAACUCUGAUGCAGAACAGUAAAGAUGACUUGAAGGAAUCAAGUUUGAGCCAGCAGUUGACACAAGCAAAGGAGAAGGUUAACUCUAAAAACAGAAGCGAAAAAGACAUUAGAUGACCUCUAAGUGCUCACCGUUGGUUUGUAUCCCGGUUUCUUCCUAGCAGUGAAAUCCAUGAUCCAGUAAAAUCAUGCAAGGCAUCAUACGAACAAUGGAGAAGGCAGCAUUAAAAAUGUGUGCGCUUUGAAGCACAGUAGACAAGGGUUAAGAAUAGGACCCAGCCUUUGAGGUCUUUGCACAGGGAAUAUCUUUCCAAUGAUCUCAUCUGAUGCUUGCGUUCUACCUCCAUGCCAUGCACGAGCUAUUCGCUUCUUUAUUAAUUGUAGAAGCCCAAGGAUUUGAGAAUUGGAGGUCACAUCUUAUGACCUAUGGCUGGUCAAGCAACUUCAACUCACUGUCGUACCUGUACAGAGCUAAUCCCUUGGUUUGUUUGAUUCUUUAUUUAUUAUUAUUUUUUUGUAAAAUAGUGAUAUUUCCCUCACUAUGUAUAUUAGGUUUCAAGGUAUUUGAAAGUAAAUGUGAAUACAGCCCAAUUUUAAUGGGAAAGGCUCUGACCGGGGCCUAAUUUUUCCUAAUUUGUUAGAUUUUUUAUAGUUUCAGCAGCUGCAUUCUCCAUAUUUCUUGAUCAUGAAGAUGAACAAUAUUAUGAUCGCAGCAAGAAAAAAGGAAUGGUUCUGAUGAAGGCAUUGCAGUAAAUACAUGUGUCAAAGUAUUUACGAGAAAGAAGAACAUUGUUAAUUAAAUAAAUGUAGCCAUGUAGACAUUUGCGUAUUUUUUUUUUUUUACCAAAAUGGAGAAUGCACCCAAGUAAUGAUUUAGGCAUGUUGAUGUGCAAAUUAAUUUUUAGCAUUUAAGAUUAAAAAUGUUAUUA